ACAAAUAUUGAAAUUUGAGGAAGCGUUUGAUUCACUGCGUUUGAUUUUGGAGUCUUAUCACCGCUAACUCUCAAAUGUGUUUGUGGGCGUUCCAUUAGCAUUUGCAUGUACCCAUUUUUGAAGCAAACGCGAAUUCCUCACUCAUCGUCUCUUUCUUAUUGCUCUCAUCUUCUAGACCACUGUUUAUCUCAAAAAUCAAUUAACUUUGUCAAAAUCGUGCAUGCUCAUUUCCUCAAAUUGGGUCUUAACACCUACACCUACUUGGGUAACCGCUGUCUCGACCUUUACUCUGAGUUGGGCCACAUUAACGAUGCAUUGAAGGUGUUUGAUGAUAUUUCUCACAAGAACUCUACUUCCUGGAACAUUUGCUUAAAAGGGUUGCUCAAAAGUGGCCAGCUUGGCAAGGCCUGCCACGUGUUUGAUGCAAUACCUGUUAGAGAUGUCGUAACUUGGAACUCCAUGAUUUCGGGUUAUGCUUCUUGUGGGUUUUUCAGUCAUGCCUUGGAGCUUUUUGUUGAAAUGCAAGGUACUGGUGUGAGACCAAGUGGGUUCACACUCUCCAUUUUGAUGUCACUCGUGUCAAGUCCCUGUCAUGCUAAACAGAUUCACUGUAGGAUAAUCAGAAGUGGGGUGGGUUUGGAUAAUGUAGUACUUGGGAAUUCGUUAAUAACUAUGUAUGGGAAGCUUGGUCUAGUUGAAUAUUCUUUUGGUGUGAUUAUGACUAUGAAUCAGUUUGAUGUUAUAUCUUGGAACUCUUUAAUCUGGGCCUGUCAUAGAUCUGGAUACCAUGAGCUUGCUUUAGAGCAGUUCUAUCAGAUGAGAGGUUCGGAAUUGUUUCCUGACCAAUUUACCUGUUCCAUGUUGAUGAGUGUCUGUUCUAACUUGCGUGACUUGGACAAGGGUAAGCAGAUUUUUGCCUUUUGUUUCAAGAUGGGAUUUGUUUACAAUAGCAUUGUAUCGAGUGCUGCUAUUGACCUCUUUUCCAAAUGCAACAGAUUGGAGGACUCUGUCCGGCUCUUUAAGGAACAAGACCAAUGGGAUUCAGCUCUAUGCAAUUCCAUGAUUUCAAGCUAUGCUAGGCAUGAUUUAGCGGAAGAUGCUUUGCAACUGUUUGUGCUUACCUUGAGGAAGAACAUCAGACCUACAGAAUACACGAUUAGCUCUCUUCUGAGUUCUGUUUCGAUUUUCUUGCCAGUUGAGGUGGGUAAUCAAAUCCAUUCGUUGGUUCCUAAAUUGGGUUUCGAGUCAGAAUCAGUUGUUGCCAAUUCACUUGUUGAUAUGUAUGCUAAAUUUGGGUUUAUUGAUGAUGCCUUGAGUAUCUUCAAUGAAGUGAAAAUAAAAGAUUUGGUAUCAUGGAACACUAUAAUGAUGGGACUGACUUCCAAUGGCAGAGUCUCUUUGACCAUGGACCUCUUCAGGGAAUUAUUGAAUAGAGAAGGCAUGCUACCGGAUCGAAUAACACUCACUGCAGUUCUACUAGCAUGCAACUAUGGGAGGUUGGUUGAUGAAGGAAUUGAAAUAUUUUCCUCAAUGGAGAUGAAAUUUGGAGUGAAACCAGGAGAAGAACAUUAUGCAUGUGUUGUGGAGAUGUUGAGUAAAGAUGGUAAACUCAAAGAAGCCAUUGAUAUCAUAGAAACAAUGCCAUAUAGAACUACCUCUGACAUUUGGAGGUCAAUUCUUUCAGCAUGUGCAAUUUAUGGAGACUUGCAAGUUGUUGAAGGAGUUGCAAAGAAAAUAAUGGAUAGGGAAUCACAGACUUACUUACCUUACUUGGUGCUGGCUCAAGCAUAUCAGAUUAGGGGUAGAUGGGAGACCAUGGUUCGAAUGAGGAAGGCUGUAGAAAAUAGAGGUACUAAAGAGUUCAUUGGACACAGUUGGAUUGGAAUAAAAAAUAAUGUGUACACUUUCGCGUCAAAUCAAUUGCAGCAUUAUGGUGGCAAGGAUCUUUAUCUGUUGUUGAAUUUACUGGUCUGGGAGAUGGAGAGUGAAGGUUAUGCCUAAAAGUUGUAUAGGGAAGAAAAAACGAAUGAAAGCUAUUGUGUAGCAGUUGGCAAGGAAUAUGGAUGUUGGGUGAAUUGGAGUUAUAAACUACGACUGAUAAUACUAGGGGAGGGGAAAUGGAGCAGAAAAAAUAUAUAAUUUAGCAAUUACGAAGUACAAAUUCCAUCAAUUAUAUGAGUUCUCAUAACGAAUUAUUUGGUAGUAUCUACCCAGAAAGAAAUUAUUAAUGAUGUGAUACUUUAUUCUUCAUUGUUGAUCCAUUCCAGAAUUUAGUUUCAGUAUUAUGGGGUGUUGACUCAAUAAAAUAGAUCAACUAAUAAACGAUAGAACGUCACACCAUCUAUAACAUAAACAAUUGAGGGAAUCACAAACGUGGACCCAAACAUGGUAAAUUUGCAACGAAAAACAUGUUGGCAUCGUCAACGUGGUUUGCUCACUUUUGGUCUUAAACAACGUAAAUUUCAAGUCUAUUAAGGUCUUCAUGUACUGCACCUCAACUAUCUAAGCAUGGAAGAAAAAAGAUUAUGCUUUCCUUAUUUUUUUUUUCG